AAGUAAUAUGACUCAAGGGCUGGUCAGACGUACUUUCCAUUGUAAUAAACAUAGGCGAAAUUCAACAGGAUGCCACUUUUGCAAUAAUGUGUACACCCUCUAUGCGUUAUAUUUUUACAACUUUUCAAACUAACGAAAGAGAGAUGAUAAAUUUUUUUCAGAAAUAAAGGCAUAAUGAAAAAUUGAUCAAUUACCCAGUGACUUCUCAUCAUAAUACAUUCUCUAACGUUUUAUCUUUAAGUGUUAGACAUCUCAAUCUUGAAACACGUCAAAUGACAAUUAUAUUAUUCAUCCCGAAGGAGUAUCGCCGCCGAGUCGCACGUUAUCCCAGUGACUGGUGCGCGUCGUAACAAUGGCAGAAAUUGAUUGGCCUUGGCAAUACAGUUUUCCGCCGUUCUUCACACUUCAGCUUCACGCGGAUACCAGAUCCAAGCAAAUCGCAGCUUGGAGGAGUCUGGUGCUCGAAUAUUAUCGUACCACGAAGCAAGCUGUCGUGGACGUGCGAGAAGUACACACGAAUCCUUUGUUCAAUAACACUGCCAUAAAUCGAAAACUACCAUCGGAUACUGUCUUAUUGAUACUGGAAGAAUUACGAAAAUCAGGCAACGCGACUCCGUUGGACAAGACCAGACAAAGAUGGUUGGUGUAUUGGCACACCCUGGAGGAAUGGGGUGACAUAAUAUAUAACUGGGCACAGGAGAAUGGUUUUGUCGGGUCAGUGUGCACAUUGUUCGAAUUAACACAAGGGGAGGAUACCUCUGAGCAAGAGUUUCAUGGUAUCGACAAUGAAGUACUAAUCAGAUCACUCAGGACAUUGGAAGCUGCGAAAAAAGCUGAGCUCAUCUUAUUCGAUGAUAAUCAAGGCGUGAAAUUUUUCUAGUCCUUGUAAAAUGCACGAUGUAAUGUCACUCCUCUUAUUCCAAAUAUUGUAUAAUUUUUUGUGAAUUAAUCAAUUGUCUUUGUGAUUAAAAAAUGCAAAAUCAA